AGCAGUGGGGAGGAGGCAACGACGCCUGCGCAGUGUGACCGGGAUGGCGCAUUUUCUUGCUCAGAAUAAUGCGGUGUCGCUGGCGGCUGAGGAGGGCGGAAAGUGCUGUGAUGAAGUAGGGGGAGGGAUUCUUGCAGGCGUCAGGAGGAGCCGUGGUUUGAACUGUAAAGUGAGAAGUUGAUGCUGGGUACUGCUACUCCCGGACCGGUGCCGCGAAAGCUGUGAUCUCAUCGUUGAACCUGUGUGCCCUGAUUCCAUCCUCCAUGCGUUAGAAAGCACUUUCCGUCCCCUGGUUCAGCCCUUCGCGUGGUGGCUGAGCGCCUGUCACGUGGAGGAACUGGUCACUACAAAAGGACCGUGCCUUGGGGAACCCGUGCCUAGCGAGGUAGACGGUAUGAAUAAGAAGACACAAGCGAGAGUGGAAUCGGCAACAGCGGCUACAGAGCAGGGUUGCAAGAUCGGCUUUGAAAUUCAACAACAAUGGAGAGGACUCAAGAAACAGUCCAAAGAAUUCUUCUGGAACCUUACAAGUACUUGCUGCAAUUACCAGGUAAACAAGUGAGAACCAAACUUUCACAGGCGUUUAAUCAUUGGCUAAAAGUUCCAGAAGAUAAGCUUCAGAUUAUCAUUGAAGUGACGGAAAUGUUGCAUAAUUCCAGUUUACUCAUCGAUGAUAUUGAAGAUAACUCAAAACUCCGACGUGGCUUUCCAGUGGCGCAUAGCAUCUAUGGGAUUCCCUCUGUCAUCAAUUCUGCCAAUUACGUGUAUUUUCUUGGCCUAGAAAAAGUCUUAACGCUUAAUCACCCAGAUGCAGUAAAACUUUUUACUCGCCAGCUUUUGGAACUCCAUCAGGGACAAGGCCUAGAUAUUUAUUGGAGGGAUAACUACAUUUGUCCCACUGAAGAAGAAUAUAAAGCUAUGGUAAAGCAAAAGACAGGCGGACUCUUUGGAUUGGCAGUAGGUCUCAUGCAGUUAUUCUCUGAUUACAAAGAAGAUUUCAAGCCACUACUUGAUACACUUGGGCUCUUUUUCCAAAUUAGAGAUGAUUAUGCUAAUCUACACUCCAAAGAAUAUAGUGAAAACAAAAGCUUUUGUGAAGAUCUAACAGAGGGAAAGUUCUCGUUCCCUACUAUUCAUGCUAUUUGGUUGAGGCCUGAAAGCACCCAAGUGCAGAAUAUCUUACGUCAGAGAACCGAAAACAUAGAUAUUAAAAAAUACUGUGUACAUUAUCUUGAGAAUGUAGGUUCUUUUGAAUACACUAGAAAUACUCUUAAAGAGCUUGAAUCGGAAGCCUAUAAGCAAAUUGAUGCACUUGGUGGGAACCCUGAGCUAGUAGCUCUAAUAAAGUACUUAAGUAAAAUGUUCAAAAAAGAGAAUGAAUAAUUUUAAGGCCUGAUAGCUUAUUUUUAUUUAUUAUUUUUUGUCUUUUAGCCUAUCAUCUUUUUAAAAAUUUAAAACAAGUUGUCUCCAAAAAUUGUGUGGAUAGGGGUGAUAGGAGUAAGGUAAUUUUCAUAUAGAAGCCCUUUGUAAUCACUGUACAAAUUGAAGGAAUCAAAAGGAGCUGCAUUGAAAUAGGUCUCGAUUGAAUGUCACAGUGUGCUGUGUUGGGUCCUUGUGGCCAGCUCUGCCAUGAAUGUUUUAUUGAUUCUGUCAAUAAAGAAUUCAACU